AUGCUCCGUUUUCUUCUUCCGGUUCUACUCGCUCUGUUUCCUACUAAUUUAGGGACUGCUUCACAGGUCAUCUACUUAUCUCCUUCUCACUUGCCCCUUCAACCAUUUGGGACGAAAAGUGCUCUUCAACAUGUGAGUGCAGGAUCGCUUGGUGAACUUUUUAGUUCAUUUCUCACAACCCGAAGGCAACAUAAUAAAUAUUUAUCAGCUGCCCCAGCUCCAUCUCCAGUGUCACUAGGCCCCGUUACUAGUCGUACUGAUAUUAUGCGUAGGCAUCGCCAUCAUCGGCAUAAAACUAGAGUUUAUGCGGUUUCUCCCUCUACUUCCACUAAUCCAGGUUGUAAUCAAAUUUGCACCGAGCCACUAACUUCAGUCCCAUUUGGUUCACCUUGUAUGUGUGUGAUCCCGAUGAGAGUCAGACUUCUUUUGGGGGUACCCCUCUAUGCUAUUUUCCCAGAGGUUACUGAAUUAGAGAUUGAGGUUGCAGCAGGGACAUAUCUUAAACAAAGUCAAGUAGCAAUCAUUGGAGCUAAUGCAGAUACUCAAAACCAGGAAAGAGCAGUGGUUGAUAUAUAUUUAAUUCCUCUUGGGGAGAAGUUUGAUAAUACAACUGCUAUGCUGACUUAUGAAAGAUUUUUAUAUAAGAAUGUGCCCCUCAAUAAGACCCUUUUUGGCGAUUAUGAUGUAAUGAACAUUUCGUAUCCAGGACUCCCUUCUUCACCCCCAUUCGGUGAGGGUCCUCAUGGAAGUGCUGGAAAUCAACAGUACCCUGUUACUGCAGACUUUGUUGGAAGUAAUCAGAAGAUAAACCCUCGACUAAUUAUCGUCAUGGUGUUGUCUACAUUUGUGCUCUUGGUGGUUGCUUGUGCUGCUCUAGCUGUGCUAUUAAAGUGCAGGACUGCACGCCGACCAUCUAAUGUUGUCGGUCCAGUAUUUACUUCUACGAAAAAAAAAUCAGGAUUAGGUUCUAUGCGAUCGAGUAGCCCAACCAACUCGACAUCAACUUCCCUCAUAUCUGCCAUGCCUGCCUCCAUUCUUUCUGUGAAGACAUUUUCGCUGACGGAACUUGAGAAGGCCACAGAAAAUUUCAGCCAGAAUAAGGUUUUGGGCCAAGGAGGAUUUGGGCAAGUCUAUCAUGGGCUGAUGCCAGAUGGGACCGAGGUGGCCGUCAAAUUACUGGCAAGGGACAACCAAAAUGGAGAUCGUGAAUUCAUUGCUGAGAUCGAGAUGCUGAGCCGGCUGCAUCAUCGUAAUCUCGUGAAGCUCAUCGGCAUAUGCAUUGAGCAAAGGACACGCUGCUUGGUCUACGAGCUAGUCCCAAACGGCAGUGUCGAGUCCCACUUGCACGGUGAUGACAGAAGCAAGGGGCCUCUGGAUUGGGACGCACGUCUAAAAAUUGCACUUGGUGCGGCGAGAGGAUUGGCUUACCUUCACGAGGACUCCAAUCCUCGUGUCAUUCACAGAGACUUUAAAGCUAGUAAUGUAUUACUUGAAGACGACUUUACCCCUAAAGUUUCUGAUUUUGGUCUGGCACGAGAAGCUACGGAGGGGAGUCAUCACAUAUCUACUCGGGUUAUGGGCACUUUCGGGUAUGUCGCACCCGAAUACGCAAUGACGGGACAUUUGCUCGUCAAGAGCGAUGUCUACAGCUACGGGGUCAUCCUGCUGGAGCUGCUCACUGGGCGGAAGCCUGUCGACAUGUCCCAGUCCCCAGGCCAGGAGAACCUCGUCACAUGGGCCCGGCCCCUCCUUGCCAACCGCGAGGGCCUCGAGCAGCUGGCGGACCCCACCCUUGCAGGAACCUACAAUUUCGACGACAUGGCCAAGGUGGCCGCCAUUGCUGCCAUGUGCGUUCACCCGGAGGUCACCCACCGCCCCUUCAUGGGCGAAGUCGUCCAAGCCCUCAAGCUCAUUUACAACGACACGGAUGGGACUUGUGCCGAUGCCUUGAGCCUCAAGGAGGACUCAUCCACGCAUGGCUCGGAUCUUAAGCCCGACUUUACGGCCCAGUCGGAUAACAGUUGGUGGAACGACCGAUGUGGGACCCCUGGCCCGAGGCUCGGCAGGGCCACGUCUUUUGUCACGAUGGAAUACAACUCGGGUCCUCUGGGGGAGAUGGGAAACAGGCCGCUUUCCUCUUCUGGCUUAGCUCGGAACAGGUCAGGCCCGCUGAGGACGGUGAGGAGGGAAAGGCCUUUUAGGCUGCAAGGGAGCGUUAGCGAGCAUGGGGAGAUUUUGGGGAGGUGCUCUUGGGAUGUUGGUGCUGGUUACGAUGCUUCGUUUUAG